UGCCCCGCCCUUGCACGCAUGCACAUGCUUGCUCUCUCUCUCUCUCUCUCUCUCUCUCUCUCUCUCUCUCAAAAAUAAAUAAAUAGUUCCCAAAUAAAAGUUUACUUUAAAACAAUACAUUUACAGAAAGAUAACAGGAGGGUUUCCCCGCAGAGGGGCAGCCAGCAUGGCGCUGGGAGGAGAGCACCUGUGUGGAGGAAGGUUUGGCUACUGUGUGGGGACUGAGCCAAUAAACAAACAUGUCGAAGAUGUUGGAAGCCAGGAUUCUGGCAGUCCGAAUGGGGUUGUCAAGACAGAAGGAGAAAAUUAGCAUGAAUCCUGUGGUGUGGAAUUGGGCACAUAGGUAGGAACUCAUGGUUUUCGACAGAUGCUGCUCUCUAGUUGUGGGUGGACGGGCGUAGCAGUGACGGUGGGGGUGAAUAUUGUGUGUAGGUGUGUGUACCUUUGUCUGCUCUCUGGGUCCCCACUGAGCCUGCAAGCAGCGACGCCCCAGGAGCCCAGAGCAUGCCCAGCACAUAGAGGGGCUUCUGAAUCCCAUAAAGGCUGAUGUCAGGGUCACCUGGGGAGAGUACAAAGUGAGCCCAGAACAUUUUGUGUCACGAAGCAGGGAAAUGCUCUGAGAUUGAUGGGCUGCCACUGGCCAAACUGGAGACCAUUUGAACAUCAAAAAUAAGUAAAUAACAGAGUGAGGCUCACUGAAUAAAGAAGCACAAGCCCAUGGGAAUGAAUAAAUGGGAAGCUUAGGGGGAAGGGGGAAACCAGCAGGGACCCCGAGGGUUGGAGCUCGGAGCGCAUCAGGAAGGGACCAAGGAAACCCAGCCUGGGUGGGGCUGUGGGACAUUCUUGUCAUGAGGGGAGGGGACAUCAGUCAAAUGGGGACACAGACGUGCUGCAAGACGCCUGGCCUGUGGCCUUGCAGGUGUCACGGGCACGAGAGCCAAGGAAAGGCUGAAGAGUGUUCCAGGCUAAGGAGGCUGAAGAGCCACGCGGAGGGGCUGUGAGCGUGGCUGGCAGCCUGCUUUGCAGAGGUCGCCCGGCUGCUCCGUAGGGGACGCCCUUGGGCGCAGGGAGCACACAUGGGGUGUUCGGGGUGGGGCGCGGGGAGUCAGGUUGGCAGCUUCCCUGCAGGUGAUUGGGGAAGAAGAGAGCCCUGCACCCCGUAUUCCUGCUUUUCCAUAACUGCGACUGUUUCCAGCGCAACUUUUUAGUGCCUUACUAAGAGAAAAAUUCCCACCAAGGAUGUGUUUCCCUUCCAAGUGGAGCACAGGAUGUGGAGCAGAGACACACAUGAGGGACUUCUAAGGAAAAAGCAAAUUCUGUUUUUUUUCCUGCUGUGUUACACACAUGGUGGCCUCAAAUGAUUUUUUUUAAUUUGUAUUUAUAAUGAUUUUUUAAACAUUACGUAUACAUUUAUAUUCCUACCUGCAUAUACAUUUCAUACCCAGAAAUGGGAGGAAAGCCUACCUAGUUUCCUUUGUGGGGCACCCGUGUGCCCACACAGCGGGGGCAUCUGAGAGUGGGGAGCCAUGGUGCCUUCAAGGCUUCUCUCGGUAGGACCGCGGAUGGUGCUGGGGGGCGUGGGUCGCUGGACUCGGGUCCGCCUGUGGCCCACUCCUCCCAGGCUGCUCUCAGCCAGCUGUGCAGACUGCGCCAAGCACCAGGAACCCCCCAGGAAGAAACUGCUCUCCGAGAAAAAACUGAUACAAAAGAAAAGACAUUUUGUGGACCAUCGCCGAGUGCUCGUCCGCGGGGGCCGUGGAGGCGACGGGGUGAGCUGUUUCCACAGUGAGCCCCGGAAGGAGUUCGGAGGCCCAGACGGCGGUGACGGAGGCAACGGUGGCCACGUCGUCCUGAGAGCUGACCAGCAAGUCAAGUCGCUGUCCUCAGUGCUGUCGCGGUACCAGGGCUCCCACGGAGAGGCCGGCGGCAGGAAGAACUGCUCCGGGCGCAGUGGUGCCCUCCUCUACAUCCGGGUCCCCGUGGGCACAUUAGUGAAGGAGGGAAGGGAAGUCGUGGCUGACCUAUGGUGCCCGGGCAAGGAGUACAUCGCUGCGCUGGGCGGGGCAGGAGGAAAAGGUAACCGCUUUUUCCUGGCCAAUGAUAACCGCGCACCUGUGACUUGCACCCCCGGACAGCCUGGUCAGGAACGCGUCCUCUUCCUGGAGCUCAAGACGGUGGCCCACGCUGGGAUGGUGGGGUUCCCCAAUGCAGGGAAGUCCUCGCUUCUCCGGGCCAUUUCGAACGCGAGACCUGCUGUGGCUUCCUACCCGUUCACAACCUUAAAGCCCCACGUGGGGAUUGUUCACUGUGAGGACCACCAGCAAAUAGCAGUGGCCGACAUCCCAGGCAUCAUCCGGGGUGCGCACCAGAACCGGGGCCUGGGGAGCACCUUCCUCAGGCACAUCGAGCGCUGCCGCUUCCUCUUGUUCGUCGUGGAUCUUUCGGAGCCGGAACCGUGGACUCAGGUGGAGGACCUGAAGUCCGAGCUCGAGAAGUACGAAGCCGGCCUGUCCGAGCGACCCCAUGUGGUCGUGGCAAAUAAGAUCGACCUCCCUCAGGCCAGAGCCGCUCUGCCCCAGCUGCGGGCCCGCCUGGGCCAGAGCGUCGUCGCCCUGUCGGCCGCAACCAGGGAGAACUUGGAGGAGCUGCUGCUGCGCCUGCAGGAGCUCCACGGCCAGCACGUGGCCCCCGAGCUCAGGUGGUAGCGGCCAGGCUGCCCCCCCCCGAGGAUGAGCGACUCGGAACGUCACUGGCUCUGGGUGGAGACGAGAAAGUAGCCUGAAAAGAAUUGGCGGCGUUGCUGCUUUGCCUUCUGCCGUCCCUGGCGCUCACCCCCCAGCACCCGGGCCAGGACCUCGGACGUGCGCGCCUCUCGGCGGUCUGCUCCCCAGGGCCUCCCACACCCUCCAGCGUGCUAACAGGCUGAGCUGGGCUCCCCACCCUUCAUUAGCACUCCUGAUGGGCGAGGACCCCGCGGCCAUCAGAUGCGGCUGAGCCACCCGACUUGGGUGAGCCAAAUCCGAAUCUGCACAUGGGUCCCCUAGCAGGAGGCGCAGACUCAGGAUCCCUGACACUGUCACCUCCAGAGCUAGCCGUGGUCCCGUCCUACGGAGGGAACGUGAGGGCGCGGGGACAGGUAGCGUUCACAGCCGCAAGGCUCUUCUCAAAUGCCCCCGUCGGAGAAAUGCCUCCCCUGUUCCCAGACCCAGCUGGCUGUGCGGGAGCCGUUUGCUUCACGACUGAAUGCACCCAAUAUCCGACCCGGGGCCGCGCGGUUUCUGACUCCCAGCAGCUGUGGGUUAUUAACUGAAGGCGCAGACUUGUGCCCCCACAUAAAGUCUGAGGCUUCGGGCAUGUCCCCAGGGGCCCUUAAGGGACGAAGUGGUUGGGGACCAGGGGUAAUCAGGGGAAGGGGCCCUGGACCCUUUGUGGAUUCGACCUGGGGUCCUAGCCGCCAGCUGCCGGGGUGCUGGGGGCUGGGCCUGCCUCAGACAAUAAACUUGAGCCUGAGCUUUCAGGAGCAAUUCUGUUUUUGAUCUACUGUCAAAUCUGCAACUAGAACAAGAGUCCUUUGCCAGAAGCUUUAUUUUAAUGUCUUAUAAUUUCCGAGGUCCUUGUGUUUUGGAAACCAGAGAUGGGUUUUGCAAUCUCUGCUUUCUCGGGGGCCACCACAAAGGAUUUCGUAGAACCGUGUUAAUGAUUGUGGCCUUUCCUCUCCGGCUGGGCCCACGCCGGUGGCUGGUGCUGCAUGCAGGGGCGACACUGGGGGCCUCCCUGCGUGUGUCCUGCAUUCGCCUGUGCUCCUGGCACCCUCAAGACCUGACCCAGCAGAGGCGCUACUAAAUAUUUAUGGAAUGAAGA